AUGAAGAAGCUGUGUGGUUUCACUAUUUCCUCUUUGCUCCUGAAGUUUUCUCUCAUCUUGUGCUGUUUAACUGAACACAGUUGCUUUUGGAGGAUAAAGAAUAGUGAAGAUAAUUAUGGAGAUUUGAGAAGUGACUGUGGUUUUAUGCUUUUGGCAAUGGAGGAAGCUAUUGAAGACAAUUAUUAUAGUCAAAUUUUUGAUUUUAGAAUACCAGCAAGAAAAUAUGAGUUUUUUCUGGUUAUGUUUUUUGCUACUGAGGAGAUCAACAACAAUCCUUAUCUUUUACCCAACAUGUCUUUGAUGGUCUCAAUCGUUUUUGGCCAAUGUGAAGAUACAUUGGGAAUUCUGGAUGAAGUAUAUUUACAACAAAACAAUAGUUUGAAUUUUAUUAAUUAUAUCUGUGGAUUAGAGCCAAGGUGUGAUGUCGACCUUACAGGACCAUCAUGGAAAACAUCCUUAAAACUAGCAAUUUAUUCUAGGACACCAAAGGUUUUCUUUGGACCAUUUAAUCCUAACCUAAGUGACCAUGACCAGUUGCCCUAUGUCCAUCAGAUAGCCACCAAGGACACAUGUUUGUCCCAUGGCAUGGUCUCCUUGAUGCUUCAUUUUAGUUGGACUUGGAUAGGACUGGUCAUCUCAGAUGAUGACCAGGGUAUUCAGUUUCUCUCAGACAUGAGAGAAGAAAUGCAAAGGCAUGGGAUCUGUUUAGCUUUUGUGAAUGUGAUCCCAGAAACCAUGCAAAUAUACAUGACAAGGGCUAAGAUAUAUGAUAAACAGAUUAUGACAUCAACAGCAAGGGUUGUUAUCAUUUAUGGUGAAAUGAACUCUACUUUAGAAGUCAGCUUUAGAAGAUGGGCAUAUUUAGGUGCACAGAGAAUCUGGAUCACAACCUCACAAUGGGAUGUCACCACAAAUAAAAAAGAUUUCAGCCUUGAUUUCUUUCAUGGAACUGUCACUUUUGCACACCACAAAGGUGAGAUUGCUAAAUUUAGGAAUUUUUUGCAAACAAUGAACACUGACAAAUACCCAGCAGCCAUUUCUGACUCUGUCCUGGGGUGGAAUUAUUUUAAUUGUUCAAUCUCUAAGAACAGCAAUAAAAUGGAUACUUUUACUUUCAUCAACACAUUAGAAUGGACAACACUGCACAAAUAUGAUAGGGUCCUGAGUGAUGAAGGUUACAAUUUGUAUAAUGCGAUUUAUGCUGUGGCCCACACCUACCAUGAACUCAUUCUUCAACAAGUAGAGUCUCAGAAAAUUGCAGGAUUCAAGGGAGUAUUCGUUGACUGUCAACAGGUCGCUUCCUUGCUAAAGACCAGGGUAUUUACUAACCCUGUUGGAGAACUUGUGAACAUGAAUCGCAGGGAAAAUCAGUGUGCAGAGUAUGAUAUUUUCAACAUUUGGAAUUUUCCACAAGGCCUUGGAAUAAAAGUGAAAAUAGGAAGCUAUUUUCCUUGUUUCCCACAGAGUCAACAACUUCACAUAUAUGAAGACUUGGAGUGGGCCACAGGAGGAACAUCAGUUCCCACCUCCAUGUGUAGUGUGGCAUGCACUGCUGGAUUCAGGAAAAUUUAUCAGAAACAAAGAGCAGACUGCUGCUUUGAUUGUGCCCAUUGCCCAGAAAAUGAAGUUUCCAAUGAGACAGCAGAUAUGGAGCAGUGUGUAAGGUGUCCAGAUGAUAAGUAUGCCAACUUACAGCAAACCCACUGCCUGCAAAGAGAUAUAUCAUUUCUGGCUUAUGAAGAUCCAGUGGGGAUGGCUCUAGCCUGCAUGGCCCUGUGCUUCUCUGCCCUCACGAUUCUAGUACUCUUCACUUUUGUGAAGUACAAGGAUACUCCCAUUGUGAAGGCCAAUAACUGCAUUCUCAGUUACAUCCUCCUCAUUUUUCUCAUCUUGUGCUUUCUCUGCUCAUUGCUCUUCAUUGGACAUCCCAAUCAGGCCACCUGCAUCCUGCAGCAGACCACAUUUGGAAUAUUUUUCACAGGGGCUAUUUCUACAGUGUUGGCCAAAACUAUAACUGUGGUCAUGGCUUUCAAGCUCACUAUUCCAGGAAAUAGGAUGAGAGGGAUGCUGGCAUCAGGGGCACCUAACUUGGUCAUUCCAAUUUGUAUCCUAGUCCAACUUGUUCUCUGUGGAACCUGGUUGGUAACAUCUCCUCCCUUCAUUGACAGAGAUAUACAGUCUGAACAUGGGAAAGCCAUCAUUAUUUGCAACAAAGGCUCUGUCAUUGCUUUCCACUUUGUCCUGGGAUACUUGGGCUCCUUGGCUCUGGGGAGCUUCACUGUGGCUUUCUUGGCUAGGAACCUUCCUGACAGAUUCAAUGAAGCCAAGUUCCUAACUUUCAGCAUGUUGGUGUUCUGUAGUGUCUGGAUCACCUUCCUCCCUGUCUAUCACAGCACUAGGGGGAAGAUCAUGUUAGUUGUGGAGGUCUUCUCCAUCUUGGCUUCUAGUGCAGGGUUGCUAGGGUGUAUAUUUGUCCCAAAAUGUUAUGUUAUUUUAGUUAAACCAGAUUCAAAUUUUCUUCAGAAGUACAAAGCUAAAUUUCGUUAUUGA